CGUGUUCAGGUUGGCUGUUCGAUCGCGGUGCUUGUUCGCCCGAGCCACGGGAGGACAGUACGAAGACAGCUUCAGAAGGGAUGUCAGGGCUGCCUUGCACGCUUUGAAGGCGCUAGCUCAGCACCCGCACAGGGAACAUUUGGCGCCUGCGCAGGUGGCCCUGAUGACAUCCUGGGCAAGUGUGGCCAAAGAGGUAUCAUCAGCUCUCGGUCCAGUGGAAGCUGCGAGGAGCUCUGCUUCAAUUUUGGAUGCAUUUGCUGCUAAUGUUCCCGCGCCAUUGGCUAGGGCCAGAUUAGCGGCUGCUCAGGAGAUAUUGAAGGGACCACUUGGACAGGAGCCUGAAGCAAGGAACAUAGUCCUAACAACCGCCUGCCACCAUUUACGCGUACAUUUGGCUAGGAGAGACGAAUUGACCCAAUGUGCUGACAUGUUGAGCGAGCUGGUGGCGCUUCUAUGGAGGAAAGAGGACACCGAACAGCUGGAUGAAGAUGAGCUGGACCCAGAUGUGGAUGUCCUGUGUCUGAACACGCUGGAUGUCCUGGUGGAGACUGUUCUGCAUCUAAUCGGUGGAAAUUCGCCUGUGCUUGGUUCAAUGGUGGCUGGGUUACUCGGCGUGAUGGAGUUGUUGAAGCCCGCUCAUUACCAGCGAUUGUGGAGCCAUCUAGCGCCGCAUCCGCACGACAGGAAACCCUUGAAGGACUUCUUGAUGCGAGCAUUCCUUGUCUUCAGGCAUCUCGUUGAACAAGAUGUUUUCCCUUCUGACUGGAUGGUCCUUCGCGUGCAAAGCUGCAAGGUGUUGUUAUCCGCAUUGCAAGACUUGGCUAAGCCGCUUUUGGAGCGAUUUUUGGGAGAUGAACAGCCGCAAUUUGAUUCUCAACUCUGGUCUGGGUAUAUGGAACUCGGAGUGGCCCUAGUAACCUCGAGUGCAUUGCAGACCGAAAGAUGGACUGGCAGAGGCCCCGACAGGGGAGGCAUGAGGGCCGCAGCUGGUCUGCAGGUGCUGGCUGUCUGGAGUAGGCUUGGUGCCGCCCAACUCCAACUAAUUGGCGCGGCGGUUGGUGCCUUGCUGGAAAUAACUCUAGUGGGUGAACUAAGGAGAGCGGCCUUAGGCGCUUUAGUCGCUUUGAUGGCAGCCGAAAGGGCCGCCACCGGAUCCGCGAGACGCACCGAAGCGGCCCUUGUCGAUAAAUUGGACUCGUUGGUCGCCGACAAUAAGGCAGAUGAUCAUUAUCGGCGCUUGUUUGAUACUGUGGAACACUUGAGCUCGGUUCUCAUGGAGCGAGUGUCGACGGAAGGCUGGCGCGAGGCAGGCCCGGCCUUCGUGGGCUGCGUGACCAGGCUCUUGGAGCGACUGCUCGACUACAGAGCCGUGAUGCAGGGCGCAGGGUCAUCAUGGGUUUACAAUUCAACAUGUUAAAUCUCUCAAGAACAUUUUUCAAAUAAUCUCUUUGAGUUAGUUUGGUAAUACCAGUUUCCAAAUUUUGAUUUACAUGUAUUCCGAGAAAAUCAGAAACCAGACCCAAAUCCUUCAUGUCAAAUUCCUUAUUUAGUACACUUUUGAGCUGUAUAAUUUCCUUUACAUUUGUUCCAAAAAUUAAUAAAUCAUCAACAUACAAUAAUAUAAAAGUUUUAUCAUCCCCAUUACACCUUUUAUAUAAACAUGAAUCACAGUUAGGGUGAGAUCUAUA